UACUCCUACCAAUGAUAUUUCGCCACACAAGCGACUAUAUGGGAUAGGACUGUUGAUGGAAAGAAUUGAAGCAGUACCGUCGUCGUGGUUUAGUGGACGUCACAUGUUUCUUACAGUAUUUCUUGCACUAAAGAGUAAACCGUAAUAGUUAGUCUCGAGUUUAAAGAAGAUCUGAAAAGGCAUUCGGCUUCGUUGUUAGAGGUAUGGAUAUCAGGUUCUGUGUGAGUUUCCUUUUGAUGGUGGUGCUGCUGCUGUUACCAUCUGAAAUUGAGUCAGUAGCAGUUAUGAGUGUGGAUCUUGGUAGUGAGUGGAUGAAGAUUGCAAUUGUUUCGCCAGGAGUGCCGAUGGAAAUAGCACUGAAUAAGGAAUCUAAACGUAAGACUCCUGUAACUAUUGCAUUCCGUGAUGGUGAACGUACAUUUGGUGAAGAUGCUGCUACCCUUGGAGUACGUUUCCCGAAGAACAGCUACAGUUACCUGUUGGAACUUCUAGGUAAAAGGGUGGAUAAUCCAGUUGUUCAACUCUACAAACAACGGUUUCCUUACUACAACAUUGUUCCAGAUCCUGAAAGAGAUACAGUUCUCUUUCAGCACGAUAGUGAGACAUUAUACAGCCCAGAAGAAUUGUUGGCAAUGCUCUUACAUCGGGCCAGGGAAUUUGCCCAGGAUUCUGCAGGUCAACCUAUCAACGAAGCUGUCCUGACAGUCCCUGGGUUCUUCAACCAAGCAGAAAGAAGAGCAUUACUGAAAGCGGCAGAGCUUGCAGGGCUUAAAAUUCUACAACUCAUGAAUGACUACACAGCAGUUGCUCUCAAUUAUGGCAUAUUUCGUCGAAAGGAUUUCAAUGAGACUCCCCAGUACAUCAUGUUUUAUGACAUGGGUGCUACGAGCACUUCUGCGGCCAUUGUUAGUUAUCAGCUGGUUAAGACAAAGGAGAAGGGAUAUGUUGAAACCAACCCACAGCUUUCCAUAAUUGGAGUGGGGUAUGACCGUACUCUUGGUGGACUGGAGAUGCAGUUAAGACUCAGGGAUUUCUUGGGAAAGAAAUUUAAUGAAAUGAAGAAAACCUCAAAUGAUGUGUUCAAAAACCCCAGAGCAAUGGCCAAAUUGUUCAAGGAAGCUGGGAGGCUGAAAAAUGUUCUAAGUGCCAAUGCUGAUCAUUUUGCUCAGGUAGAAGGUCUACUGGAUGAGCAGGACUUCAAGCUUCAGGUGAUGAGAGAAGAUUUUGAGACGUUGUGUUCUGAUCUUUUUGAUCGUGUUAAGGGUCCAAUAGACCAAGCUCUUAAGUCUUCAGGACUCACAUUAGAUGUGAUAAACCAUGUGAUCCUUGUGGGUGCAGGAACAAGAGUUCCGAAGGUACAAGAGAAGCUGAGUGAGAUAGUUGCUAUGGAGCUGGGUAAGAGCAUCAACACUGAUGAAGCAGCAGCCAUGGGUGCCGUGUACAAAGCUGCUGACCUCAGUAAUGGCUUUAAGGUCAAGAAGUUCUUGACCAAGGAUGCAGUUCUAUUUCCCAUUCAGGUUGUGUUCGAACGAGAUGUGGAAGGGUCUGCCUCACCAAAACAUGUUAAAAGAACACUUUUUGGGCCAAUGAACCCAUUCCCACAGAAGAAAAUUCUGACAUUUAACAAACAUCAACAUGAUUUCUCAUUCUAUGUGAGUUAUGCAGAAUUGGAUCACCUCUCUCACCUUGAAAUGCAAGCUCUGGGACCAUUAAAUUUGAGCAGAGUAGAGUUGACAGGUGUAGCAGAGGCUGUGGCUAAACAUCUUGGGAAUAAUGUGGAAUCCAAAGGCAUUAAGGCUCACUUUUCUAUGGAUGAGAGUGGACUUCUAAACCUAGCCAAUGUGGAACUGGUUGUAGAAAAGACAUUAACAGAGGAGGAACUAGCAGCUCAAGAAGAAUCUCCCCUCUCCAAGUUGGGCAGCACUAUCAGCAACUUCUUCACAGGAUCAGAAGAGAAGAAAGAGGAAAAGGUAAAGGAAAAACCAGUAAAUGAAGGAGAAGAAAAGAAGCAGGAGCCAGAAAAUAAUGAAGGGAAGACGAAAGAAGAAGAAAGAAAGGAUGAGAAACCACCGCAACAAGGACGGGCAGAAGAGACAGAAGAAAAGAAGAAAGAAGCUCCUAAUGAUGCAAAGAAUGCAUCAAAGGCAGGAAAUGGAGAAAGGAAACCAAAGGUUGUGGUUAUUAAGGAGGAAAUUACUUCAUUUGAAGAUAAAUUAGGAGUACCUGAUCUUAAAGGAAAGCUACUGGAAGAGGCUCGUAAUAAAAUUGAAGCUCUAAAUGAAUUUGAUAGACAAAGGAGUCGAAGAGAAAGCGCACUAAAUGCCUUGGAGAGCUUUGUAUUUGAUGCCCAAGGAAAACUGUGGUUAGAUGAGUACCAAGCUGCAGCAACUGAAGAGGAGAUAGAAAAAAUCAAGCAGUCAUGUUCUGAGGUGUCAGAUUGGUUGUAUGACAAAGGCUCUGAUGCUGAAGCAGCAACGUAUGAAGCAAAGCUUAGCGAACUCAAGACAUUAACAGGGCCUUUGUAUAGGCGAGUUAAGGAGCACAUGGAGAGACCUGAAGCAUUAGCAGCGCUUCAUUCUAUGUUAAAUGGCAGUUCAAAUUUUCUUGCCAGUGCAAGGAAUAUGACCACUGACAGUCCUGAUGGACUGUUCACACAAGUUGAACUUGACACACUAGAGAAAGUAAUUAAGGAAACCCAGGAAUGGAAAACAACAAUGGAAGAGGAACAGUCAAGCUUACCUCCCUCAGCAACACCAAAAUUGACAGUUAAAUCCAUCACAGAAAAAAUGGCUCUUCUUGACAGAGAGGUAAAAUAUCUAGUCAAUAAGGCUAAAAUAUGGAAACCUAAGAAGCUAAGAGAUGACAUAGUUAAAGAUACUGCAAAGAAUGAAACUGAUGAAGAAGUAUUUCCUAAAAAUGAAAAAUCAGAUGCUGAAAAAGAGGCGAAAAUAGAGUCUGAAGAAACACAGGAAGAUAAAGGAGAACCUGUACUGGAGCGAGAAGAGAAUGGAAGUGAGACUUUGGAGGAGGCAGAAGCAACAUUGUCACAACCUCAAGAGUCUACAACAGGCCUUCCUGAAGACACGUCAUCGAAUUCAGGUGGUGAAGAUGAUGCCACAACCCACACAGAACUAUAACACCAAGUUCUGUAGGUGUUAUGACAAUUAUUGUGGACACACAUCGCAAACUGUACCACGCUGCACUGUAUGGGAGGUGCAGGACUCACUUCACACCACUGAAGAUCCUGUUUUAUGCGUGUAUAAGCAUGUAUAUGUGUGUCCAAAGGUUUAAAAUAUCUCACAAGUUGAAUGUUUUGAAUUGUGCAAAUGAAUAUAGAAGUGUAAAAACUUCAGUGAAGAUAGUUUAGAUGAAUGAAUAUAUUCAUUCUGUUGAAGCAUUAAAGGAGGGACUGCAUAGUGCACAACACAAGGUGAGCAAAGAGAGGCGUAUGUUUUUGUUUCUACAGUAUUUGCAAUGUGAAUAUUCCAAUACCUGGAGAAGCAAAACAGUGGUAAUUGCUGAUGCCACACGUGUAUUUUAAUGUUGUACUUAACUGUGACAUCAAUGAUAAAACAGAAAAUUGUUAUUUAUUGCAGACUGUGUUGACCUUGCAAAGAAAGAAGAUAAUUUAAUUUCAAUUAUAGCAUUAAUGCUUAAAGGCGAUGAUGUAAUUUUUCGUCUUGGACUUUGAUAACUCCAAAUCUGUGUUUCUGCUAUUAAAACUGUAAGUGACAGGAGGUUGGAGAAAACUGCA